AUUCUGAUCUCACAUUAUAAGCCGGCAGCGCCGCGCGUGAGCGGGUCGCCUCUGUGGCGCGUUCAAGGUAUAUAAGAGCUGUCACUCAGCGUAGAGCAAAGCCACUCUCAGGAUGCCUACCACUGACACAAUCAUGUCAGACACCUGGAGGUCAGACAAUGAAAAGAACCCAGCCUAUGACCCCGAUAUGCCUGAGCCAAAGAGCAGAGCGGAUCUAAUCAAACACUGGAUAAACCUUUCCUUCGAUGCGCGGACGGCCAACAAGGUGCUGUGGGUAUCGCAGGGGGGGGCUAAGGUGUCUCGCAUAACCGAUGACGUCACUUGUCCCGUCUUGGAAGGACCGGAGAGAUUUGAGUACAUGCCCCAGGUGCUUUGCAAAGAGGCCAUCCAGGGCGUACGGGCCUACUACGAGGUGCUGUGUUCCGGCUGGGUUGUGGUCGGAAUAGCCAGCGAACGUGCCGGCAGGAGGAACAGAGACGGCUCCUGUGGCCUCGGGGACAACGAAGACUCCUGGUGUCUGGGCUGGAGCGGCUCCAGUUAUCACGCCUGGCACGACGGUCACAUAUCGGAAAUCCGAGACGUUCCCAAGUCUUCCGUAUUAGGCGUGUACAUCGACCACCCCGCCGGUAUCCUCAAUUUCUACGCCGUGCAGGAGGUGGGGCAGGAGGUGACUCUCCUGAAGCAGAUUAAGAGUCCUUUUUAUGAUAAAAUGAUACCAGGUGUCUGGUUGGGGAUACAUUCGGACUGCGAUAUACGACAACGCGACUAACUUUACAGAUCCUACGAUACGCUCACGUUUUAGAUAGUAAGCCGCUGUGCAGUAUAAAGCUCCGUGUUUUUUGAAGAAAAAAAAGAAAAAAGUCAACUAAUGGCCUGGUUCAGAACAUAAUUAAAGAUUGAUUUGAUUGUGUAUCAUGUUUGACUAUUAUGCUCAUUAAAACAAUCCACAGUCCGCUAGCCCUGCCUGUGUUUCCAAUUUAGGAAAUAUAUCCAAGCUGCAGCAUGAUCAAAGAUCUCGAUCCAUCUGAAGUCUUAAUUUAGUGGCUCAUCUUGUUGACAGCACUUUGCUGCUUGCGCCACAUGGAAAAUGAUUACCGCAUCACGUGUCAUCACUUAUAUCCUGACUGUAUGUAUGUCAGUCAAGUGACUCCAAUGGCCCUUGACCCCCUGUGGAGAAGACGCUCCACUGACCUCACCGUCUGGUUUUGAGACUCCCCUUGGGCCCCUCCCCGAUUUCUAUUUUGAUCAUGCAUUAUUAGCAAUAACCUUGCACAGACAGCAAAGACUUGGAACCACUUUGUACAGUUUGUAAACGGCGCCCUCUGCUGGACAUUUAAUUUGUCUUUAGUUGAGGGUUAAAACAAAUCAAAUAUUGAACAA